AUGGCAUUACCACACACACAGUUGUUGUUGUGUUGCAUCUUCCUAGACGCAUACAUAUAUAUACAGGCACAAGGUGAGGACGGAUCGUUUGAUGCUGACCCUUUACUUGCCUGCAACAACACCAGACUCAGGUACCGCACAGACACUGCAAUGACCAUCGAGGGCCCAGUUACAAUACAGCACGUAUUGGCAGGGUUGUUCCCAUCAUCGGUGGACAAUAUCUUCUACGUUGCUCAAGAAAAAUCUGGUAAAUGCCCUUACGAGAUAACGGAUGCCUCCACAAGGCUGCUCAAGAAUGAGGAUCCGUUUGGUGUCAUUGCACAGCUAGUGGGCAAAGAUGGUGUGAGUGUCGUGACGACAGACGCGCUGUCCAUCAUGAACGGUUUGCCUCAUCUGUACAUUUUGAAAGAUGUCCCACUCGUUAUUAACGUCGACAUGGACUUACAAGAUUACUCCGUCGUGCCAGCUUUGAAAGAUCUCGGGUUUGCCUCUUAUGUGUCUGCCAACUACGAAACGUUGAUUGCAAAUGGCAAACAAUCCUUCCAAGUGGCUCUUGAAACGCUACAACCAGUGCUGCAUUUCAUCGAUUUUGCUGCACUGACCAAAACCAGCUAUGUCGCAGAGGUAACAUCGGAAAUAGAUGCGUUCCCCAUAUUGGCUACCUCGCAGGCCCCAGACACUCUACUGUUCAACCUAUCCUCCUACGGUGAGCAGUUCGCCCAGCACGCAGCUAACCUAAAUAUUCAAUUAACAAACAUAAAUCAAUACAGACCUUGGAAGUUGACUGAAUUUUUACAAACGGUACCAAACACCAUCAAGAGGAUCGUCAUCGUGCAAGGUUACUCCCGCGGGGGUCAAUCCAAAGCAUUCGACCCUCUACUUUUAGAUUUCUUCCAAGACUUUGCUGUUCUCGUUCAGAGGGGCGUCAAACAGGUAGUUCUCACAAAUGUUGGCAAGAUUACGGACGCGAAAACCACUUUGCAAACGAUCGUGGACAACGUCAGGAGUGAUAACCCAGAUCAACACCUGUACCUAGGAAAGCCAACCACUUCUCCAGCGGCGACUCAAUUUGCCGAGUCCGUGGCCAACGUCGUGAAACUGGAAACCGCAUACUUGAAGGUGCUGCAUGAGUUGUUCUCCACGAACCUGGACAUCAUCAACGAGUACGGCAGCGACACGGCCAACGUGGCCGCACCAGAGUACGGGUUUGGCUCUUUCUUGAGACAAGACGAAGCGAGAGGCGAGCUGGUCGCCCUUGUCAAGAAGUCGCUCGACCCCUCACUGUACCACACCGAGGACGCUGGGGAGCUCGUGCAACUCCUGUCCCAGUGGGUGGCGCUUCACGACGCGAACCUGGGCGAUGCGGAGCUCGGCGCAGCCAACGAGGUCGCCGCCAAGAUCUUCAACAUUUUGCAGUCGAACCAGGACUCCGCCGUUGCGCUGGACCUGCUGAAGGUGGCGCCGCGCGAGGAGUGCUUCCAGUUCAAGUCGCACUGGCUCGUCGGCUCCGACGCCUGGUCCUACGACCUGGGCCACUCCGGGGUCCACCAGGUCCUGGCGUCCAAGAAGAACAUCAACUUGCUGAUCAUCGACUCAGAACCGUACGAGAAGAGCAGGGCCAACCCGCGCCACAAGAAGAACGUGGGGCUCUACGCCAUGAACUUCCACGACGUGUACGUCGCGUCCGUCGCGGUGUACUCCUCGUACACACAGCUGCUUGCCGCGUUUCUAGAGGCCUCUGCGUUCAACGGACCCUCCGUGGUGCUAGCCUACCUGCCUUACUCGUCUGAGAAGGACACGCCGCUGGAGGUGCUGCGGGAGACGAAGAACGCUGUUGAGUGCGGGUACUGGCCGCUUUACCGGUACAACCCUGCCAAGGACGCGGACGACGCCGCGUUCACGCUGGACUCCGCCGUCAUCAGAAAGGAAUUGCAGUCUUUCCUGGACCGCGAGAACAAGCUGUCGCUGUUGACCAAGAGGACCCCCGAACUGGCCAGAGACAUUGAGGCGUCGGCCAGCGAUGUCAUCUCGAGAAAGGUUGAGAACCGCGCCAAAGCCGCGUACGACCAGCUGCUGGAAGGGCUGUCCGGUCCGCCGCUGCACAUCUACUACGCGUCGGACGGUGGCAACGCCACUGCCUUGGCCAAGAGACUGGGCAAUCGUGCCUCUGCAAGAGGUCUGAAGUCCACGGUUCUCUCCAUGGACGAUAUCAUUCUGGAGGAUCUAGCAGGCGAGGAAAACGUGAUCUUUGUCACGUCUACCGCGGGGCAAGGUGAAUUCCCACAGGACGGGAAGACCUUCUGGGAGGAGUUGAAAGGCUCCUUAGACGUGGACCUAGCCUCGCUGAACUUCUCUGUUUUUGGUCUUGGUGACUCCCAAUACUGGCCACGGAAGGAGGAUGCUCGUUAUUACAACAAACCUGCAAAGGACCUGUUUGCCCGGUUAGAAUUGUUGACUGCCAAUCCAAUCGUCCCCCUAGGGCUCGGUGAUGACCAAGACGCUGAUGGGUAUCAAACUGGAUACGCUGAGUGGGAGAAGCAGUUGUGGGAAGUUCUCGGUGUUUCUGGCGCUGAUGUCCCCGAAGAGAAAGAAAUUACCAAUGAGGAUAUAAAAUCUCAAUCGAACUUUUUGAGAGGUACAAUUGUGGAUGGGUUAAAUGACAAAUCUGCCAUGCAACUAGCUGCUGAUGACCAACAACUCUUGAAAUUUCAUGGCUGCUACUCUCAAAAUGAUAGGGACGUCCUUGAAGCACGGAAGGCACAAGGUUUGGAACCGCUGUACAGUGUAAUGGCUAGGAUUAGAUUACCAGGUGGGGUUGCGACUCCAGAACAGUGGUUAGUUCUUAACCGUCUUUCAGAUGAGGAUGGUAAUGGCACAAUGAAAAUCACGACUAGAGCUACCUUUCAGUUACAUUGCGUUUUGAAAAAUAACCUAAAGCAUACCAUCAGGGCAAUGAACUCUACUUUGAUGGAUACUUUGGCUGCUGCCGGUGAUGUCAACAGAAAUACAAUGUGUUCAGCGUUGCCAGCCAAUGCUAAGGUUCACAAACAAGUUUCUGAAAUGGGUGCUAAGAUCUCGGAACACUUUCUACCAAAGACGACUGCUUACUAUGAAAUCUGGCUGCAGGGUCCUGAUGAGAGAGACUACGACUCCAACUGGGAAGAGAUUUUCGGCAACAGAGAAGGCGGCCCAACCAAGAAGAAGGCUCUGGUGGCCGGCAACUCCCUGGUCGACAUCGAGCCGCUUUACAGCCCCGUGUACCUACCAAGGAAGUUCAAGGUCAACAUUACGGUCCCUCCCUACAACGACGUCGAUGUUUGGUCGAGCGAUGUCGGUUUGAUUGCCAUUGUGGACCCUGCGACGGACAUCGUCAAGGGCUACAACAUGUACACAGGUGGUGGUAUGGGUACCACACACAACAACAAGAAGACGUACCCCAGAACAGGUUCGCUGCUUGGGUUUGUCGCGCCAGAGGAGGUCGUGGCUGCCAUCGAGGCUGUCAUGAUAAUCCAGAGGGACAACGGGUCCAGAACGGACCGUAAGCACGCGCGGUUAAAGUACACCAUUGACGACAUGACGAAGGAGGUUUCAAGGAGAAGGUUGAGGAGCUUUGGGGCCGACAAGUUCGACCCACGAGCAGCCAUUCGAGAUCAAGUCAAACAUCGACACUUCGGCUGGGUCAAGGACGAGACGGGAUUGAACCACUUCACCGCGUUCAUCGAGAACGGUAGGGUGGAGGACACACCGGACCGGGCACAGAAGACGGGUCUACGCAAGAUUGCCGAGUUGAUGCAGAAGCAGGGCUCCGGUAAUUUCAGGCUUACUGGUAACCAGCACGUUGUAAUCUCCAGUAUCAAGGACGAGCACUUGGAUGCGGUCAAGGCGUUGAUGAAGAAGUACUCCCUGGAUAACACGGAACUGAGCGGGCUAAGACAAUCCUCCUCCUCGUGUGUUGGGUUGCCAACGUGUGGUUUGGCUUUCUCUGAAUCAGAGAGAUACUUACCAGUUUUGAUAACUGAAUUAGAGGAAUAUCUUGAAGAAUGUGGUCUGCGUCACGAUUCGAUUGUUAUGAGGAUGACAGGUUGUCCAAACGGUUGCUCGCGGCCUUACCUCGCUGAAGUUGCUAUAAUUGGGAAAUCCCCACACAUCUACAAUAUAAUGCUUGGUGGUGGCUAUUACGGCCAAAGAUUGAAUAAACUCUACAAGUCAUCUGUUAAGGACGAUGAUAUCCCUGGCUUAUUGAAACCACUUUUCAAAAGAUGGAUGCUUGAAAGAGAAGAUGGGGAACAUUUUGGUGAUUUUGUUGUGAGAGCAGGCAUCGUCAAGCCUACACUAGAAGGUAGACUGAUCCAUGAAGAUGUUUCAGAAGAUGUGUACUAA